GAGUCACGUGUAGUAUUUUACAGAAUUGUAAAUUUGCUGAAUUAAUUUAUUGGCCCGUUUCUGAUUGCUGAAGUUGCUCCACAACAAACAUGAGCGGCAGAGCACACCCUCCAGAGCUCAAAAAGUACAUGGAUAAACGGUUGCAGUUAAGACUUAAUGGAAAUCGUACUAUAACUGGUAUAUUGCGUGGGUUUGAUCCAUACAUGAAUGUUGUGCUAGAUGAUUGUGUUGAAGAGCGGAGUAGCCAUCAGAAGUUUAAUAUUGGCAUGGUGGUUGUUCGUGGUAACAGUGUUGUUCUGAUUGAAGCACUAGAAAGAAUUCUAUGAACCAUAUCACUGAUUACUUUCCUAUUGACAAUGUUGUUGUUCUUAUGACUUCACCAUCAUUAAUUUUUGGCACAUUGUAUAUCAUAAUUUUAAGUGUUUGCAAUCAGUA